AGUUGAAAUGUGCAAAUAUGGAGGAACGGAGAAAAUAGAGAGCUUAUUUGAAUCAAGUCACUUGACCUCCCAUCGAAGACGGCAAUGACUUUCGUUGCAUUGAACCUUAUAACUCCACACAUGACCCCCGCUUCCCAUCCCCCAUGAGCAUCACACUCCAACAACCCUCAAAUUUCUCUGCCUCUCUCUCUCUCUCUCUCUCUCUGAAAUCAUGCUUGCUCAGAACCACAUCUUCUCUUUCACUCCCAAAUCCCUCAACCCUCUGGAGAAGAGCAGAGAUCUUGAGUUUGAUUUCUGGGUUCCUAGUAGAAUGAGGAACCACCACAGCAGGAGCUGCGAUCCCGACUCGCCGACCCUGUGGAAGCGCGAAAACUCAUCGGUAAGUGUUGCCAAAGAUGUGGACACAUCCCCACUUCUUCCCCAAGAUCACCACUACAGCAAUCUCUCUCCUUCGUCGAGGAUUCGGAGGAUCGAAGAAGGAAGAAGAGAAAUGAUGGAGAUGAUCCGGAACUUGCCCGAGUCGAGCUAUGAGCUUUCCCUCAAAGAUAUCGUGGAUGAGCAGCUAUCUUCGCAGGAGAAUCAAGAGGAGGAAAAGGGAAAAUUUGAGUUUCCAAGUGCUGAGGCAGAGUCAAAUAAAAACCAGAAGAGGAGAAAGAGGAAGAAAGUCACGAGGACCACUAGUCAUCAGCAUCAUCAGGUGUCAAGAUGUAAUAGCAUGGAGACCGGAACUUUCCUGAUCAAGAUGUUUUUCCCGUCCUUCUUAACAUCGAAUAAGAAAGCUGCAACAUCUCGGAACGGCAGGGCGAAGAUUUCGCCGAGGACGUCGUUCGAAGGGCCUGACCAGAGGAAUCCAGACAUGGUUUCGAGGAUUAAAAUGAGUCCAGUUGCAAAAGAUCAGGGGAGUAGCGAUCGAGUUAGAACUGAAAGCGGUACCAGCAGGAGCAAGAGCUAUUCAAGCAGGAACAAUGACGGCGAUGCUGUCCUGGGUUGCUGGCCUUUUCCCAGACCGAAAGGGAAGAUGCGUAGGCAGAGAACGUGUGUUUUCUAAUUUCCUCUGCCUCCUGCACAUGAAGGUGGAAUCAAAGAUUGAUUUUGCUUUCAGAACCUAGAAAUAUACUCAAACAGCAGAAGGGUGUCCCCAGCUGAUAAGCCAGUUUGAUUAUCUCAGCUCUGACGAAGAUUUCGCUAAUCAGUCCGAGAAAAAUCUAAAGCAGAGUUGCCAAUAGCGUUUCAUACUUGCCAGACUGGGCAUCCUGUUGAAUACUAAACUUCUCAAGAGACAAUGCUAGCGAAGUUUUAGAUUUCUGUAGAGACUACACAGGCCAUAGCUUAGCUUGCCUCAUUGUGAUCACGAGUCCGCGAGUUAUUAGCGGCUGAAGAUAUGUGUUAUCGUUAUGUAAGAAAGCCAAGGAUCAAAUAAACUGAAUGCUGUUGGUAUUUUUUUAUUCAAUGCUUCUUGUGCGGUA